CCGUAAGCUACGGGAAGACAUGGGGGCUGUGUUUCACAGCCAUAACUGACAGCGUUGCAGCUGAGAGACUACUUAUAAUAAGAAAUUAAACUGAAAGCCCUUUUCAUAUCAAGCUGCCAGGUCAGACCUGAACAUGGAGUCUAUGCUGAACAAGCUAAAAAGCACCGUCACAAAGGUGACGGCGGAUGUCACCAGCGCUGUCAUGGGCAACCCAGUGACACGGGAGUUUGAGGUUGGACGACAUAUUGCCAGUGGGGGUCCUGGCUUGUGCUGGAGGAUCUACAAUGGCACCAAGAAGUCCACCAAACAGGAAGUGGCAGUGUUUGUGUUUGAUAAGAAGAUGAUUGAUAAGUAUCAGAAAUUUGAGAAGGACCAAAUCAUUGAUUCGCUGAAAAAAGGGGUGCAACAGCUGACCAGACUGCGUCACCCCCGUCUCCUGACUGUGCAGCAUCCUCUGGAAGAGUCACGAGACUGCUUGGCGUUCUGUACAGAGCCGGUGUUUGCCAGUUUGUCCAACGUGCUGGGCCAGUGGGAGAACCUGCCCAGCCCCAUGCCCACCGACAUCAAGGAGUACAAACUCUAUGACGUGGAGACCAAGUAUGGCUUGCUACAGAUCUCGGAGGGUUUGUCCUUCCUCCACAGUGGUGUGAAGAUGGUCCACGGCAACCUGUGUCCAGAGAACAUCAUCCUCAACAAGAGUGGAUCCUGGAAGAUCAUGGGCUUUGACUUCAGCAUCUCCUCUACCAACCCCUCAGACGCUGAGCCUAAAUACACAUGCAAAGAGUGGGAGCCGAACCUCCCUCCUCUCUGCCUACCCAACCCUGAAUACCUCGCCCCCGAAUACAUCCUGUCUGUCAGCUGUGACUCGGCCUCCGACAUGUACUCGCUGGGCGUGGUUAUGCAUGCCGUCUUCAAUGAGGGAAAGCCUGUUUUCCAAGUCAACAAACAUGACAUUUUUAAGAGCUUCAGCAGGCAACUGGACCAGCUGAGCACAAUGAGUCCAGCAGUGCUAAACAAGAUCCCAGAGGAGGUGCGGGAGCAUGUCAAAAUGCUGCUGAGCGUCACACCCAAUGUCCGACCGGAUGCAGACCAGAUGACCAAGAUUCCAUUUUUUGACGACGUGGGUGCCGUGACCCUGCAGUACUUUGACUCCCUCUUCCAAAGGGACAACCUACAGAAGUCCCAGUUCUACAAAGGCCUCCCCAAAGUCCUGCCCAAACUACCCAAGAGAGUGGUGGUGUAUCGAAUCUUGCCGGCACUGACCUCUGAGUUUGUCAACCUGGACAUGGUUCCCUUCGUGCUGCCCAACGUGCUGCUGAUCGCCGAGGAGUGCACCAAGGAGGAGUAUGUGCGCCUCAUCUUGCCUGACCUCACGCCAGUUUUCAAGCAGCAAGAGCCCAUUCAGAUCCUGCUGAUAUUCCUGCAGAAGAUGGAUCUACUGUUGACCAAGACACCGGCAGACGAUAUCAAGAACUGCGUGCUGCCCAUGGUCUACAGAGCUCUGGAAGCCCCCUCUGUACAGAUCCAGGAGCUGUGCCUGAACAUCAUCCCGACGUUUGCCAACCUGAUUGAGUACCCGUCCAUGAAGAACUCCCUCAUUCCACGAAUCAAAUCAGCCUGCCUACAGACCUCGUCACUCGCUGUUCGAGUGAACUCUCUGGUGUGUCUGGGGAAGAUUUUGGAAUAUUUGGACAAGUGGUUUGUCAUUGAUGAGAUCCUGCCCUUCCUACAACAGAUCCCCUCCAGAGAACCAGCAGUACUCAUGGGUAUUCUAGGAAUCUAUAAGUGCACCUUCAGCCACAAGAAGCUGGGCAUCCCCAAAGAGCACCUGGCCACCAAGAGCCUGCCCCACCUUGUCUCUCUUAGCAUAGACAACAAUCUCAACCUUAACCAGUUUAACUCGUUCAUGGUGGUCAUACGGGACAUGCUGAGUCGCAUGGAGGCUGAACACAAGACCAAGCUUGAGCAGCUGCACAUCAUGCAGGAGCAGCAGAGGAGCAUAAACAUCUCAAACCCAGGAAGCCAAUCAGAGGAGACCAAGAGCCCUCCCAGCGCUGGCAACCAGAUUGAUGAUAUCUUUGGCAGCACUGGGGUUAAUGGGAAAGAGAAUGGAUCUGCACCAACGGCCCCACAGCCUAAUCGAAUGUCUCUGACUCUAGAGGAGAAACAGCGUUUGGCUAAGGAGCAGGAGCAGGCAGCCAAACUGAGGAACCAGCAGCCAUUAGCACCACAGACCAUCAAACCAGCCUCCAACACCAACACAAAGACUAAGGAUCUGACAAGCAGCCUUUACAACAACAUGACAUCUCUAAACAGCCUUUCUAUGGCCAACACAGCACGACCUGCCCCAGUGCAGGGCACCACCAUCGCUGCCUUCCCCUCCUCCAGCCCCAUGCUGGGCCCCAUGGGCGUCCCGGUCUCUAACGGCUUCAACACAUCCAUGGGCUUUCAGACAGGGGGCAUGGGGAUGGGCAUGCGGCCCGCAGGCCCCGGCCUCUAUGGCGGCAUGGCCACCACCACCAGCACCCCAAACUUUGGAGCCCUCAUGCAGAAUCAAGGAUCAAUUGGACAGACAAAUAAAGCCCCUGACAUGUCAGCCUUAGACAGUCUUUUUACACCCAGCCAGCCCAAAGUCACCCUCAACCAAAUGACUCCAAAGGCUACGCCUGGCACCAACACCCCUUGGCUCAAUCAGUUUGGUUCACCCCAGAACGCUCAGACUCCGAUGCAGGGUGCGUCAGCAGGGAUGGGAGGAGCGCCCAGCGGGUUUGGGAUGCAAGCAAACCCUUUUUUCAGCCCGCAGAACUUUUCGCAACCCGCUGCUGCCCCGAGCCUGAACCAAAGUGGAGUUAAACAUAGUGCGUCUGUCAACAAUGAUCUGAAGGACUUAUUCGGCUAAACAUGAAUUAAAAAAAAAAAAAGAUGGCAGGUUAAGUAUAUUCUUUUAAUAACUUUGGAUUGAUGAGAGGUGAAUUCUCACAGAACAAAACGCUGAAAAUCCUUUCAAGAGUGUUGCUGUCUGUAUUUUUUAAUCCGACCUGGUCAAAAUUCGGACUCUCGCUCACAUUCAGCUGGCAAAAUAACCUGCACCUAAAUUCCAUUUCUACUGGGCUAGAAGGACAAAAGGUUCGGGGGUGGGUGGGAACUUCUUCUCUAUGCUGUGUUCUUUAAAUGCUGGGGGUUUCCUACUGUUUUGUACUUGACAUUCUUGCGAGUCCAAAUAACAUGGGUUGAGAUGAAUCCCGACUCAGCUUAUUCAGGAAGAUUUUGUGUUCAUAUCGUGAAUGAUUGAAUGGAUGGAGUGGAUUUCACUUGGUAAACAGGUUGCGUCAGAUCACCACUUUAAAACUGAAGAUGGGAAAAAAAGUGGCUCCCAUGCUUCACAUCUGCUCAGUUUCAGGCUUCUGUAUCUUUAUUGCUUCUCCAGACUUUUUUAGGAUUUGCUGCAUGCCUAAAGUGAUCAGAGAGUUGGCUUAAAAACAAAUACGACGCACAUCAAAAUGUCUGAGCCCUGUGGGAGGUAGCUUGAAGUGUAGCACCGACAAGCCUGCAGACACUGAUCAGCAUCCAAAAAAAUCUGAGGGGGUGUAGAAAUCUGACAGCCCUGCGGUUCCGGUUUAGACGGGGAAAAACCAAGUAGCCCCACUGCAGUCCGUCUCCAUGGUAACUGUUUCUCUUUAGCACCAGAAACCUCCAUUUUCUAGACACAGACUGGACUGAUGAUCCAGUCUGUUCUUCAUUUUCCCCCCUUCGGUCUAAUUUUUAAUCACCACUUUCAAAGGCUGCAAAAGUUGCUCUUUUUUUCCAUUUCUUAAUUUUACAUCAAAGCUAGCAUGCUGAAAAGGGAAGGGUUAGUUUUUUUUGUUUUUUUUUUUUGAAUGACCAUUACGCCUCCUUUGUAUCAGUUUCCUCAAAUGGCAGUAUGAAUGACUUACCCGUGACUGAUGCUAGUGGACUAGGAUGUGUGUCGUAGCUAUUACAGCAGUGUCCUUUCAAACAAGAUGCUAAUGCUAAAGGCAGCAAACGAGGACCACAUGCACUGCUUUAGGCUAUUGUGCCUUACGUGGGUACAUGUAUAAAACUAGAUGGACAGCACUCAUUUGUUACUCAAGUAUUAAUAUUUUCUCUUUGAAUCAGCUGUCUGGCCUUUGCUUCUCAAAUUCCUUGCUUCGUCGCAUGUUACUGAAAUUGACCACAAAUGAUCUAAAGUUUGAUUUUAGCAUCUUUUCUAAUAAUGACUCCAGUGACCAAUGAUAUUUUACUUCACACAUCCAGCUGGAUUUGCUCUGAUGUAUUAAGGGGCUCAGAAUCCUCCCGUGCACCAUUUCUGUUGAGCAGUUUGUACAAUGAUGAAGAUUUUCACAAUAUAUUUAGCUUUCAGCACUUUUCAGCUGUCAGAGGACUUGUGCUGGUGACAUAUUAUUUUGAAGUGUAAAUAUAUAGUUAUUUAAAAAUGGAUUGCUCUGUGAGGGCCUUAGCAUUUUUAUGUCCUUGUGAUAAUGGUUAAGAGGCCUUAGAUGAGUCGUGUGCAAUAAUCCUUAUCGGUUGUUAAGGGAGCAUAUCGAUUGGCUCAAGCAGCUGUUGACGUGUCCUCACCUUCAUCUCCACUGACCUACAAUAAUUACAUAGGUCUGUCAGAUUUUCUAAACAACUUAACAUUAAUGUGUACUCAUUCUAAAUCUUACAUUUUUGAAGAAAAUUACACCAUUUUAGGGUUUUUAGAUGCACCUUGGUCACACUGUGUUUCUGCUGACAAUGAUUGUUGCUAACAUGCUGAAGUGUAACGUCUUUUAUUGGGUUAACUUUUGUUUUUGUAGAGUGACGCCGCCUAUACGAGGCGAGCUCUCUCCAGCCGCAUGGCAGUGUUACCCGCUAGUGAAUUUGACGUGUCAGGUUCUGUUUAUUUCCCGAUUUUUGUCAGACAGGACUACAAAUGUUUCUGUGAUUGGAGAUUUUUCAUCUGUAGAUCAGCAUAUAGUGCGUAGCAGUUUUGAUUUCAUCUCAAAGUGGAUAUCCUGGCAGAACCCCAAAGCAAAGAAAAUUGAAGCUUAUUCUUCUACAAGAUUGUUUGUAUACCACUGCUGUCAUAUGUGUAGUGUGGCCCUUGUUUUAUGUGUUGAGGUGCUGGUCUCUGAGGUGGUCCAAUGAAAAUCUGUACAUAUAAAGGAAAGUACACAAUCUAAUACUCUCAAAGGGUUGUUGUUAUUUGUGUGAUGGUUUUAAAACACUACAUCAGACACUGAAGCGUAUGUAACUUUAAUUUAGAGAAAAAAAAAUAACAAGCCAAAGUGCACUUAUUAUAUGGCGGUAUUAAUGAACAUUUUAAGACU